UACGAAGCUUUUCUACGUCAAUCAACUCAGCAGACCAACCGACCGACCACUGGAUCUCCAUUAUCAGUAAUUUUUUUUAGCUUUCAGCGAUUUAUGGCAAAUUUUCUACUGAUAAUGCUUAAAAUAUAAAUAAAACUACGUGAAUAGACAAAUCGCGGGUCAAUUAAAAGCAGAAACGCUCAGUCUUUCUCAGAUCGCUAGCGCUCACGGUGCGAACAAGUCGCCAAAUUGAAAGCAACGACAAGACGGCCGUUAGUUUGAAUAGUGAAUAAACGCGAAUUUGUAUUUCGGACCGGUUCUUUUGCGUUGUGUUGUCUACAGAUUGUUGAUAUUGCGCCUCUUCACGCGUCAUGAGCGAUAAUACAUACUUUGUGGGUGUUGAUGUGGGCACGGGCAGUGCCCGUGCAGCGCUUGUCGAUUUAAAGGGGAAGGUUCUGCAGCAACAUGUAAAGGCCAUACAGACUUGGAACUCGGAACGCGACCAUUAUGAGCAAUCAUCCGAGGAUAUUUGGAAUGCGGUCUGUCAUUGUGUGAAGAUUGUGACCAAAGACAUCAAUAAAGAGUAUGUGAAAGCGAUCUCUUUCGACGCUACUUGCUCUCUGGUCGUCUUGGACAAAAAGGGUGAGCCACUCACAGUUAGUAGGACCAAUGAAAACGAACGGAAUAUUAUACUGUGGAUGGAUCAUCGUGCACAGGCCGAAGCCGCACUAAUCAAUGCGACCAAACACGAGUUGUUGCAGUACGUUGGCGGCCAAGUAUCACUUGAGAUGGAAAUACCAAAAUUGCUUUGGCUCAAGGGGAAUAUCAAGAGUACCUGGAACAAAAUUUGGCGUGCUUUCGAUUUGCCAGACUUCCUUACGUGGCGUAGUACCGGCGUUGAUACACGCUCACUCUGUUCGGUGGUUUGUAAAUGGAAUUACGAUGCUAUGAAUAUGCGUUGGAGUGUAGAUUUCCUUAAGCAGAUCGGCUUAGAUGAUUUGUGUGUUAAUAAUUUCGAAAUAAUUGGGCAACGCAUCUGUGAGCCUGGUGCGGCGGUAGGCGCAGGUUUAACCGAACAAGCCGCUAAGGACUUAUCACUAUUGCCUGGUACAAUUGUGGGCACUUCACUAAUUGAUGCGCACGCCGGCGCUUUGGGUAUGUUCGGCUGUCGUGCUGCUUUAGAAGCGAGUGAUAAGCUGCUUGAGACUUCACUGGAUGAUCUACAAGGCAAGAUGGCACUUAUAUGUGGCACAUCGACCUGUCACAUGAGUUUAACACGCGAUCCUUGCUUAGCGCAUGGUGUUUGGGGUCCUUAUAGGGGCGCCAUAUUGCCGGAUUAUUUUCUCAGUGAAGGUGGACAGAGUGCGGCUGGCAUAUUAUUGGAUUUUGUGGUAAAAUCACAUACACAAUAUACCAAUAUACAAGCGAAAUUGGGCAAGAAUGAGCAUAUCUAUACAUAUUUGAAUAAUCUAUUGGAGAAGAUGUGUUCGGAGCGUAAGUGUGGAGAUAUUUGUUAUCUAACAAAGGAUCUACACGUGUGGCCGGACUUUCAUGGCAAUCGUUCGCCUAUUGCAGAUCCGAAUUUGAGGGGCAUGAUAUCCGGCCUGAAUAUGAAUGCGGACGAGGAGUCGUUGGCCCUCUUGUAUUUGGCUUUUGUACAAGCAUUAGCAUAUGGCACCCGUCACAUCAUCGAUAACCUUGUCGAAAAAUAUAAACGUGUACCUUACAGUAGUAUGCUGUUCUGCGGUGGUCUCGCAAAGAACAAUGUUUACGUACAGGCACAUGCCGAUAUCUGUCAAUUGCCCGCUGUGAUACCCAAUGAGCAAGAAAUGGUUUUGGUCGGUGCUGCAAUGUUGGGCGCAUGCGCUGCAAAGGCUUAUGAGACUUUAGAGAUUACCUCAAAGGAAAUGGGCGGUACCGGCGUGUUGCUCAAGCCGAAAGCAUCGACUAAAGAUUAUCACAAUCGCAAGUAUCGCGUUUUCCUACAAAUGCUAGAGGAUCAGCGCAAAUACAAAGAGAUUAUGGAGAAAUGAGUAAAGAUAAAACAAGAUGAAAUAAUUAAAUUAUGUGUUCUUAUACAUUUAUUUUAUCGUCAUUUUCUGACAUUUGGCUAAUUGGUAUGAUUUUUAAUGACUUCGCUUAAUAUUUUCUGUGUUGUUGUUAUGUGUUAUUAAAUAUGUAACUAAUUACUUUAA